UUAUUUAGGAGUUAAAAAUGGAGUCAAUGUAUCUCCAAAAGUGCCUGGGGACAUGCUUAACUCAAGGCCUCGCAGAAGUGGCAAGAGUUCGCCCAGUGGAUCCAAUUGAAUAUUUAGCCCUGUGGAUUUAUAAGUACAAGAAAAAUGUGACCACGGAGCAACAGAGACAGAAAGAAAGGAUUACCUUGGCACGUGAGAAAGAAGUAGCCAUGAUGGAGCAGGAGAUGCUGGAGCGCCUCAAAGCGGAGGAACUCCUGUUUCAGCAGCAAUUGGCAUUCCAGCUGGAGUUGGAAAUGCAAGAAAAAGAGAAAGAGAAGACAGAAUUCCAGAGAGAGGAGGAAAAAUUAAGUAAGGAAUCAGUGAUGGACAUGGGCAAAACCCUAGCAGAGAUCAGUGAUCGCUACGGGGCCCCGAACUUGAGCAGAGUGGAAGAGCUUGAUGAGCCGAUGUUAUCUGAUGUUGCAUUAAACAUUGAUCAAGAUUUGUAGGACCAACCAGCUGAAAAAAAGUAUUUCUGUUUCAAACUUCAAAUUACAAGGGCCUUAAUAUGUAUUUUUCUCUUUUCAAUUCUACUCCCUUCCCCCACCCACUGACUUUAUA